AUGGCCGACCGGGUGUUGCUGAUGAGGAGCCAUCUGAAAGCUCAGCUCCAGGCUCUGGGGACACCAGGGACAUGGGACCACAUCACAAACCAGAUUGGCAUGUUCAGCUUCACUGGCCUCAACCCGAGACAAGUGGAGUACAUGGUGAAGGAAAAGCACGUCUACCUAAUGGCCAGCGGGCGAAUCAACAUGUGCGGGCUGACGAGCAGAAACAUCAACUACGUAGCCCAGUCCAUCCAUGAAGCCAUCACCAGAGUCCAGUAG